CGCCACUGCAAUUGAGAUGCUGGAGAUUGUUAACAAAAAGUAUCAGGAGGGCACUCACCGCUUAAUUGACACUGGAAGGUAUGACACAAGGGAAGAUUUCACAGUGAUUGUGCAACCAUUUCUGGAAGGAACAACUAUGCCAAAGACUAAGGAAGGGUUGCCCGAUGCCUCAUACUUUGCCCCAGACUGCUUUCACUUUCAGCAAAAGGCUCACUCUCAGGCUGCUCGUGCUCUGUGGAACAACAUGCUGGAACCCCUUGGAGAAAAAGUAAAUGCACAGCCACUUGAAGAUGAUAUAACCCUCAAGUGUCCAAAUCUGGACCACCCUUACUUAAGGACCCACAAAAACAGUGAUUAUACCUACCCUCCUCAGCCCCUCAAGGUUUAUGGAAGUCAGAUGCUGUGUGAGAACAGAGUUCCAUCUGUUGUCUCCCCUGUUUCAGGUACGACAUGAAGCCAUCAUUUCAGGCAGCUUGUGAACUGAGUAGUAAAUAGCUGUAACCUCAAGGCCUCAAAUGAAUUACUAUGCUUGGCUCUGCUUUUAUAACAGUAUUAAUAAAUGAAGCUUGCAGUCUGCAGAUGUAAGUGCAGUUGGAAUAUACAGAAUCACAUAUACCAAAGAAGAAGCUUCUGCAAGGGGCAGCAAAUGGGAAAGCUAGUCAAAGUGGGAUAUGGGUGCUAUCAUUCCUUAUUCUGCUAAAUGUUAUUUCCUUGUUUGUCCCCAGAAUGCAAUUCUCAGGCUUGCUUUUUGCUUCUUUUCACAUUUCUCUCUCCCUGUCAAUCAUGCAGCUAGAACACUUAAUUCUCACUCUAUUCAUCCAGAAGUGUAAUGUUUCUAAAUAAACACUUUGCUUGGUUUUAA